CUGAAUAUAGGCUGUUUAGAAUUUAGACUGCUCAUAGAAGUACAAUCUUCCCAUCUAGAUUUCCAAAGCCUUCUCAAAACACAAGUUUCACAUUGUGCAAGGAGCUAUCCCAAAUAAUUGACAGAAAACAAAAUUAUAUUCCAUCUUGAGAUAAUAAAUAAUAUUGAAUAAGCAUGGGGAAAAUAAAAAAUCAUAAAUGAAGCUCUCUAUGAUCAGAAUGAGCUGUUCCAGUUGACGAAAAUCUUAUCCUGUUCAGUGCUUUGUACGCGACGUUAAGACAGCCAAUUUCUUAUUCUCCUCUCAUGUUGAAUUGGCGGAUAUUAAUAUGAUUGCUUGCUUUGUAGUGUUGUUUGCCAUUUUCCAUACAUUUGUUUGUUAGUUGGCACCUUCUUCUCUAAAGCCAUACCUCUCUUUUUGGUUGACCAAGGGUUCUUUUGCUUUUUUGCAUAUACCGUUGGCAGGAAUGGAAGUGGAAUCUGAUCUGCGGAAAGUUUUACCUGCAGAAGAACAUGAUUAUGAUAGAGCAAAAGAUCUGAAGGCCUUUGAUGACACAAAAGCUGGUGUUAAGGGACUUGUUGAUGCUGGUGUAGCGACAAUUCCUCGAAUCUUUUUCAUGCCGCCUGAAGACAUACUCUCUGCACAGUUGGAUGAUCAAAUUGAUGGUCUUCAGGUUCCAGUCAUAGAUCUAGGAGGUAUCAACUUAGAUCCUGCUGCACACACGGAUAUUGUUGAAAUGAUCAGAUAUGCAUCCGAGAAAUGGGGAUUCUUCCAGAUAAUAAACCAUGGCAUCCCGCAAGAUGUCAUGAACAAAGUCAUUGCAGGUGUUCGUAGAUUCCAUGAACAACCGAAAGAGGUGAAGAUGGAUUUCUACUCACGUGAGAAUGAGAAGAAAGUGAGAUUUAAUAGCAACUAUGAUCUCUACAAGGCAAAAUCUGCAAACUGGAGGGACACUUUAUUUUGUGUCAUGGCUCCAAAUCCUCCACCUCCCGAAGAGUAUCCAGUUGUUUGCAGAGAUAUACUCAUAGAGUACUCAGAGCAUGUCCAGAGCUUAGGCCAAAUUCUUUUGGGGUUGCUGUCCGAGGCCCUUGGUCUCAAUCCUGCUCACCUCGCAGAUAUGGGGUGCAUGGAAGGGCAUGGCUUUGUUUGUCACUACUAUCCAGCUUGCCCAGAACCUGAGCGUACUCUGGGACAUGCCAAACACUGUGAUCCUGACUUCCUCACCAUCCUUUUGCAAGAUCAAAUUGGAGGUCUCCAGGUUCUUCAUGAAGAUCAUUGGAUUGAUGUCCCUCCACUGGAAGGAGCUCUCAUAAUUAACAUUGGCGACCUCUUACAGCUAAUCUCCAAUGACAAGUUCAGAAGCGUUGAGCACAGGGUGCUUGCUAAACGUGCAGGCCCAAGAAUAUCCGUUGCAUGCCUUUUCACCACCCAUUUUCAACCAUUCAACAAGCUUUAUGGCCCCAUAAAGGAAUUGUUAUCAGCAGAUAGUCCACCUUUGUACAAGGAAACCUUGAUAAAGGAUUAUCUCAACUCCUUCUGCUCCAUGGGACUUGACAACGAUUCUGCACUUGAUUUUUUGAGAAUGUAAUGACAGAAAGAAUAAAUACAUUCGGAUUGUAUGCACACACAGAUUGUUAAUUCCCUUCCACUGAUGGUUUAUUAUGAAUUGCAGUACUGAAAGUCGGUUAAGCAUAUAGGAAACUACUUUAAGUUAGGAGCAUUAUUGGACUGAUUUCACCUGCUUUUGAACAACCAUGCCUUGGAAUUUGCAAUGUACAGUACAUGCAUAGACAACACAAUGCCCUCCAUUUUCGUUUAAAGGUGUGCUUCUCUGGGUUUCAAAAUAUUCAUCAAUGCUAACACUGAAUGAAUAACAUUCGAACUUCGACAGCUACCAGAGGCAACUUUUCAUUCUAGUGCAUUUUUCUCUUAACAGAGCUCAUGAUCAAUUGAAAGACAAAAUCUGAUAUGGAAAUGCUUUUCUCCAGUGCAGCAGUCACGAUAAACAGCCGAGAACCCUUUAAC